UAUGAGUGGAUCUUCCCCGUCAUGUAAAUGCCGAUUUCAGCAUUCAUGCAGCGAGUCACGGCUCUCCAAGGAGUGGUGGAGUCGCUGCAAACAACUUCAGGGCUAAAAAUACAUCAGUGUGGACAAAAUGUAGACCGGAGGUCUAAACGCUCCCAAGGCAUGACAACUGAGUUUAACCAACGUGCAUCAGAUUAGGAUUUAUAAUCCACAAUGAUGCAAAAAGUGUUAUUUUUGCAUCCGUCCAUCAUUUUUCUUAACAAAAGAGUUUUUAAUCAUCUGAUUCAGUCCGAAAACACCACUAGUGUGUGUGUGGGUGUGUGUGAGGCUGCUGCAGAUUCAUCUGUUCGUCAUGUUUCCAUUUUACAUCAACUUUGUGAAACAUGAAGUGAAACCUAGGAGUCUCACGUGGUGAAAUGGGAAAGGAAAUUCACUGACAAAAUGUGAAAAAUGCAUAAAUAGUUAUGAAAAUGAUCAGAAGAGAAGAGGAUGGGAGUGCAGCGCUUUCUUUAAAAGCCCGGAGAACGCUGACGUCCCAAACAUGAUGCCUGCAGCCGGGGGCAUGUCCCACGUCAUAUCCAGCCACGUCCUGAGAGUGGGCCAGACGGUCUGUCUGGACUCGGUGCCCAACGCAGACCCUCAGAAACCCGGCUGUCACCUGGACGACCCGGAUCUUGACAUGACCCUGGAAAAUCUCAACCAGAUCAUGAUGGACCUGGAUCCCAGUUUUGAACCGAUUCCAGUUCCUAAAAGCCCUUGCUGGACCAGUCCUCCAACAGACUCAGAUCAAGUCUCCCACUGUGUGCUGGUUCCCAGAGGAUGUUCUCCCACAUCAAAACCUACAUCUGCAUCACCCAGCAUCCCCAUCCCAACACAGAGAGGCCUGGGCUGCAGCCCCCAGGGUGCUGCGGCGUCCUCCAGCUCCCCGACGUCCUCCCUGCCUCCGCUGCCGUGUGGAAGCGCCCCCAGACGAAAUCCUUCAUCCAAACAAGACUUUCCUCAUGGGUCUCUGCGGACAUCACGCUCCAACAGAGGUAGCGCCACCUCGCUCCUCUCCACAUCGACGUGCUCAGAUACCAGCUACGUCAUGGGCAGCAACCUGUCCUUGACCGGAGAAGACACCGAUUUUCUAGACUGCUCGGUUCCACUCACGCCCGGUUCCUUCAGUGAUGGAUCCAGAACUGGGACGUGGGACUGCAGGCCCACGUUGACAAAACAAGGACAUCUACCUGAACUCCACCGCGAAGGAGUUCAGAGCUGUCCGGUUUCGCUGUCUGGCUCCCAGACCGACAUUCCCCUCCUGCUCAUCAACGGAGCGCCGGAGUCAGACGUGCACAGUCCCAGACCAGACCCGAUCCAGAAGGUUCCUGCAAGCCCAUCAAAACAAAACCAGGUCUUCUUCAGUGGAAGCCAGCCGAUGAUGAAGUUUGUCAUGGACACCUCCAAGUUCUGGUUCCGUCCACACAUCAGCAGAGCCGAAGCUGAUGCUCUACUAAAGGACAAGGAUGCCGGCACGUUUGUGGUGAGGGAGAGCACCACCUACAGAGGAAGCUUUGGUCUGGCCAUGAAGGUGGAUGGAUCCCCCACCUCCUUCACUGCUGCUGCCUAUCCAGGAGAGAGCAGCUCAGAUCGCAUCAGACAUUUCCUUAUUGAAUCAUCAGCCAAAGGCGUCCGCAUCGGAGGCUCUUCUCAGGAACCCUACUUCGGAAGUCUCUCUGCUUUGGUUUACCAGCACACCAUUUCUGCCUACGCGUUGCCCUGCAAGUUACUGCUCCACCACCAAGAUCUGAGUGCCGCAGAAAAAAGGAGCGAAAAGGCGGUAUCAGAGGACAAAAACAAAACAGCGUGUAACUUCGUCUACCUGGACGCUGUCCCCACUGAGAUGCUGACGGGCCCCUGCGCCGUGCAGAAAGCAGUGUCCACAACGCUGAAGAAGGCCCCGGCCUCCUUCACACCCACCGUAGUCAACAUGAAAGUGUCUCUGAAGGGGGUGACCCUCACAGACAUCAACAGGAAGCUUUUCUUCAGGCGCCAUUACCCCGCUCAUCUGCUCAGCCACAGUGGCAAAGACCCAGACGGUCGGCUGUGGUGGAGAGGUACCAGUUUUGGGGCAAGGAUGUUUGGUUUUGUGGCCAAAGGUGUGGAGGCUGGUAUGGAGAACGUCUGUCAUGUGUUUGCAGAGUACGACCCCCUGCAGCCCUGCAGCAGUGUCGUGACGUUUCUGCAGGCUGCUCUAGCCCAACAAUAGACACACAAGCUCCAGUAGCCUCACUUUAUCCAUCUUACGCGUUUUUGUUUACGUAAAUCUUCAAAAACGAUGGUUAAUCUCAGUUUAUCACAGCUGACGAUGAGCUGGGGAAAGGUUACAGUGUCUUUGGACCAAAACAACCUUGUUUUUCCACUUUUUUAAGUUAAUACAUGUUUUUGCUGCACAGGUAAAGAUAAUCAGCUCAGGAGCUUAAAAAGCACAAACAGAUAACAAAUAACAGGAAAUCAAAUCAUGCAAUAUAAAACAUGCACAUCCAGCUUGUAAAAAUGCUUGAAAAUCAACUAUUAAAACCCAAAUAUAGAGAAUCUGUAAUUCCAUUUUUGGUUCUUUUUAAAACACAGGAAAGGAUUUUCUUUAUCUUGCUAACGUUUCGUUUCCCGACUGCAAAACUUCCUCAGAGCCGACGCUGAUGGUGGCGUCACUUCCUACUCCGUUUAUCCGCGGGCAGCAGAGGACGUUGUCGCCCUCUGCUGCCCGCUCUCCCCUCUCCGAGGAUGAUGGAAUUACAAACUAAAGGCAGUAAGAACACACCAAAGAUGUAUAGAGAAUCUGUUUAUUGGCAGAAAACAGCAUAAAACUUUCUUUAGAUCUUAAAGUAACGCUCAUGGAUGAAUCCAGACUGAAUGUAUUUAUUAUGAUGCUCUCUGUAAACCUGCUUGUGUGUUUUUUUAAAUAAACGUCAUAAAAUCUUGA